AUGUCGGCGUCACCCCUUGUUGUGCGAGCGACCGACGCGCUCAAACCGGCCGGCUCUCCUUUCCGCAAUGUCUCCUCCGCCCAGGUCUCUUCGGGCAACGGCACCCCGCAGCCGGACAAGAAGGCAGCGCCUGUAUUGACCACGGCCCCGACCCUGGACCUCGCCGAGCAGAUGAACGAAGAGGAGAAGAAGAAAUACGUCAAGGGCAAGAAACUCGGAGAGGGUACCUACGCCAUCGUCUUCCUCGGCCACCUACGCUCAAACACGUCGUCCCUCGUCGCCAUCAAGAAGAUCAAGGUCCAGAAGGAAUACCAAGAGGGUAUGGCUCCGGACGCCGUACGCGAGCUCAAGCACCUUCAGGAGCUCCAGCACCCCAACAUCAUCUCCCUGCUCUCCGUCUUCUCCUCAAAGGACCAGAACCUCAACCUCGUCCUCGAGUACCUGCCCCUCGGCGACCUCGAGAUGCUCAUCAAGGACACGGCCAGCGUCCGCUAUGGCGCCGCCGACAUCAAGGCCUGGAUGGGAAUGCUCACGCGCGCCGUCUGGUUCUGUCACGAGAACUUUGUCUUGCACCGCGAUAUCAAACCCAACAACUUGCUCAUCGCCGCCGACGGCGAGGUGAAGCUAGCCGAUUUCGGUCUCGCUAGGAGCUUUGCCGAUCCGUACCAGGUUAUGACAAACCAGGUCAUCACUCGGUGGUACCGCCCACCCGAACUUCUCUUCGGCGCCAAGCACUACAGCGGUGCCGUCGAUGUCUGGAGUGUCGGAUGCGUCUUCGCCGAGCUUAUCAUCCGCGCUCCAUACAUGCCUUCGGAGACGGAGGUUCAACAGAUCUCCCUCAUAUGCCGCGCCAUCGGCACACCGACGGAGGACAACUGGCCUGGCGUGACGAAGCUGCCUGCCUACACGGUGCCGGACGACGCCGAGCCUGUCAAGGGCAGGGACUUUUACCAAGCCAUGUUCGGCACGGUCGGUCCCGAGGGUGUUGACCUGCUCAUGAAGACAUUCAUCCUCGACCCCAAGAAGCGCAUCACGGCACGGGAUAUGCUGAAGCACAACUGGUGGCGCACCGAGCCCAAGCCCACGCGCAAGGAAGACCUCCCCAAAAAGGGCGGUGGAGAAGAGAAGAUGGGUGCAGAUCUCAAGCGCCGGCCCGGUGUCGUCGACGAGGACAGAGGUGCCAAGGUUGCGCGCAAGCUGGACUUUGGUCAAUGA